AUGUCGUCGCCGCGAAUCAAACACCGCCAGGCAGUGGAAGAAGAUGAUGAAGUUUGUCGUUGUCGUAUGCCGCCAUCCUUCGUUGUCUCUAACUAUCUCUGCCCUUUCUUUAUUCUUCGCUUCUAUGAUCUCAGCCUCUUAUUCACCCCUCUAAAUCCUUACUUGAAAAAGCGUGACUGGGACUCGAAAUUCCAACAAACAAUGGUGGAAAUGCAUCCACUUAGAACAGCUGAUGCUGCAUACAGCAAGAUUAAAGGAAUGCUUUCUACUCUUGAAGACCGCUUCACUCGCAUUAUCACUCCAAAGGAAUACCAAAGUUUUAGAAUUGGAAGUGAUGGAAACGUACAAGGAGUUGGACUAUUUGUGAAUACUGAACCAGAAACCGGGCAUCUGGUUUUAUUGUCCUGUGUUGAGGGUAGCCCAGCUGCUAGAGCUGGAAUACAUGUAGGAGAUGAGUUGAUUGAAAUAAAUGGAGAGAGAAUUAAAGAGAUUAGUGGUGAAGCUGCUGCACAAAAGCUUAGAGGUUAUGUUGGGACAAGUGUGUUACAGUCAAAGUGCACAAUUUUUAGAGAGGUGAAACUACCCCGGGAAUUCAUCAGACUUUAUCCUAUAUUAAGUGUCAUCAUUCCUCAUAGAACACCAAAUGGUCAUGUAUCCAAAACCAGAUAUGUAAAGCUAUUAGCCUUCUCCCAGGGUGGUUUGGUGAAGGCUGGACUUGAUGUUGCUCAAAUAUGCCUGGAUGGAGAUGAGACUCUAGUGAACACAAUAGAUAGAGAUGGGAACAUGCUUCUUGUUAACAUGAUCAAUGGCCAUGCUGUUACUCGUGAUCCGCUAGUUGUUCUUGGUGCACACAAGGCUACAGCUCAAGAAACGUGUGACAGUUGGCGAAAAAGGGGAAACGAGGUUUAUAGGAGUGGAGAUUUAUCAGAAGCUGAACAAUCGUGCAACUAUACGCAUGGCUCUUGGAAGAAUGAGGGAAAAUGUCUAAACGACUGUAGAAUGGCUGCUGCAUUAGAUCCCAAUUUCAUGAAGGAGGGGAACUUCAGUGGUGAAGAUACUGUUAGGGUUACCACCAUGAACAAGCAUGGGAAGCAUGAUUUGGAUAUUCCAAUCAUUGUCAACCCAAGAAAUGAUCCUCCAUUUAUUAAUAUACUUGAGUUCAUCAUGUUGGAGAAUGUGACAGAAGAUGAUAUUCACUUUCCAGGUCAUAUUCACUUUCCAGUUUACAACAAUGCACUUUUCAUUUAUGCUCUUACAAGAUUUGUUGUAAGUCCUUUAAUCCCAAGCCACUGA